AAAAGGUUGUGGUGGAGGAUGUGAGGAGUUAUUGGGGUUUAUAUAUACGUGGGUGAGCUAAGGUGCUUAGGUUUUUGACAUAAAUCUUCUAAUUUGGUAUAUACUUUCUACUUUCAAAAAAUUUAAGAUCGCAUAUCUCUCUCAAGUUAAUAUAACAAUUAUAAAUACACUCAAAUAUUAAUUAAUGGGGAGGCAGCCUUGUUGUGACAAGCUCCUGGUGAAGAAGGGGCCGUGGACGGCGGAAGAAGACAAGAAACUGAUAAACUUUAUAUUGAGCAACGGCCAUUGUUGCUGGAGGGCUUUGCCGAAGUUGGCCGGUCUCCGUCGCUGCGGGAAGAGCUGCCGUCUACGGUGGACCAAUUAUCUCCGACCUGACUUGAAAAGAGGUCUUCUCUCCGAUGCCGAGGAACAGCUUGUCAUCGACCUUCAUGCUCUUCUCGGAAACAGAUGGUCCAAGAUCGCUGCAAGAUUACCAGGAAGAACUGACAACGAAAUAAAAAAUCAUUGGAAUACUCAUAUCAAGAAGAAGCUCCUUAAGAUGGAAAUCGAUCCUUCAACCCAUCAACCUUUAAACAAAGUAUCUACCGACAAAAAGUUUGUCGAUAGAUUAACUUCAUCGAAAGCCGGAAAUGUAAAGAGAAGUGAUAGUAAAAGCAAAGAGAUCGAUGGGACAACGACAAAUACAAUAGAUGAAACUAGCACGAUCACUCAUAAAAAUAGUUCAAAAGAUGAUUAUGAAUUACUUGGUGAUAUUAUUCAUAACUAUGAAGAUUUAUUUAAUAUUCUAUGGACCAACGAUGAACCUCCUCUAGUCGAUGAUGCAUCAUGGAGUAAUAAUAACGUCGGUAUUGGUGGAACAGCUGCAGUCUCAGCCUCAGACAAGAACAACAUUGCUGCCGGUGAAGACUUCCCGGCACAGUCAUUAGAAGAACAGAACGGCGAAAGUUGGAUGUUUUUGAAUUAUUGCCAAGACUUUUGUGUUCAAGAUUUUGGGCUCGAGUGUUACAAUGGUUUUGGUCAAAGCUCCAUGGAGACAGGUCACAAGGACUAGAAUUUGCAAGGAUACAUGGCAUAUACACACAUGUACUAGGUAUAUAUGUAUAUAUCUAUACGCAUCAUAGUAUUAUGAAAUAAUGUAAGAAAAAUCAUGUAAAGCAGUAAAGAAGCACCAUGGUUUUUACAAAUUAGGGUAACAGAUAAAGUGUCACUAGGAGUUAUAGUUAAGUCGGAGUUAUCGACUUAUUUCCUUUUCUUUUACGUCUGUUUUCUGCAUUUAUUUUAAAUAAUAAUU